AUGAUUACUUUUUAUAAUGAACAAAGGACAUGUUCAUUGGAUAUUAUAAUUAUAGAAAAUAUUCAACUUUUACAUGAAUGUAAACAAGAUCGUAAUGAACAUUUAGUUAGAGUUAUUGCCGAAGCACAAGUCGAUAACGAUACGAUUGAGCCUACAUUAUUACCAUCGAAUCAAGGUGUUGAUGGUGAAUAUGAAGUAGAUGAUAUCGACGAUUUGAUUCAACUAAUAGGCAGCGUAGAUGAAUUUACUGCUGCUGCAAUUAAUGCCACAAAAAAAUCAACAGAAAAUGUGUAUAUUCGAGAAACUGUUGAAGCUGUCGAAAAAGUUGGACGUUUCAAUCACAAGAAUCAACAAACUCAACAUGUUUCAAAUACGGGCAAUGAUCGACAAAUUAUUAUAGAAAAUAUUCAACUUUUACAUGAAUGUAAAAAAGAUCGUGAUGAACAUUUACUUAAAGUUAUUGCCGAAGCCCAAGUCGAUAACGAUUCGAUUGAACCUACAUUGGUACCAUCGAAUCAAGGUGUUGAUGGUGAAUAUGAAGUAGAUGAUAUCGACGAUUUGAUUCAACUAAUAGGCAGCGUAGAUGAAUUUACAGCUGCUGCAAUUAAUGCCACAAAAAAAUCAACAGAAAAUGUGUAUAUUCGAGAAACUGUUGAAGCUGUCGAAAAAGUUGGACGUUUCAAUCACAAGAAUCAACCAGAUCAACAUGUUUCAAUUACAGGUAUUGAUCGACAAAUUGUACCGUUCAUUCCUGCAACGUCUAAUCUAAUUAAACUUAAUUUAAAAUGGCAAGAUCAAUUGAAGAUUGAAAAAGAACGAAUUAGACGCAGUUUGAUUUCGGGCAAAGAUAACAAUGAUGAUGAUAUAUUGCAUUUUGAUGAUGUAACUAACGCCGUUGUAACUGUAGUCAAUCCAUAUGAUAAUCGGAAUAAUUUCGAAAAAAAGACAUCAAUUCCUCCAGUGCUCGUAGUUAAAAACAAUUACUCAACUCAAACUAGCAUCAUUGCUGAAUUUACAUUGAACAAAGAACAAAAAGCUGCAUUCUUAAUAAUAACAAAUCAUCUCGAUGGUGAUAGUCGAUGUCGUACAGGGGACAAUAAUGGUCAACUCAUUAUGUGUAUACCUGGUUGUGGUGGAACGGGCAAAUCACAACUGAUUCGUGCUCUUACAAAAUAUUUUCUCAUUACAAAAAGAAUGCAAAUGAUGCGAAAACUCGCACCUACUGGAAUUUCAGCUGCUGAAAUUGACGGCAUGACAAUUCAUUCAUUUUUAGGCGAACAACGUAAUUCACGAAAGCCACGUACUAUCAAGCCAGGUGACUCCAAACUUGAAAACGAAUGGAGACCUGUUGAAUAUCUGUUAAUUGAUGAAAUGAGUAUGGUUGGCUUAACUUUAUUAGGGAAACUCAAUAGAAUUAUGUGUUCUGCCAAACAUGUCGAUCCACAAGUUCCAUUUGGUGGUGUGAACG